GAACCGCUGACGGUCAUCGAAAGUAACGUGUCUCUAGAUCUGAAAACCGCUAAAAUGGUGAUCAUUGCAUCUUUACUUAUCGGUCUGCUCUACACCAAUCCAGUAGCAUUUGCGCUAGUGAUUUUGUGUGGAAUAUUGGCUCGGGAGCUGCUGAAAUGGCACUUCAAAUAUUGGGAACGGGAACAUGUCCCCGGUCCAAAGCCAUCACUUCUGGUUGGAAACUUGGGCCCACUUUUGACCAUGAAGAAGCAUCUGGCCACCGUUUGUGAUGAGUGGUAUAAUGCCUAUAAGGAUCAACCAUUCAUCGGUUACUUCAAAGUGUUUAAACCGGCAGUUUUUGUGCGGGAUCCCGAUAUCAUCAAGGAUAUUUUGGUCAAGGAUCAGUCCAGCUUCUCUGCCAAUGAUUUCAAAGUCAAUACCAAGCUGGAUCCUCUUCUGGCCCACAAUCCAUUCGUAGUCGAUGGAGAACGGUGGAAAAAAUCCCGACAACUGUUGACUCCCAUAUUCACCUCCAGUAAGAUGAAAACCCUGUUCCCUAUGAUGGAAAGAGUCGGUAAACAGUUUGUGGACUUUAUCGAACGUCAGGGUGGUCAGAAUCUGGAGGCGAAAUCGAUUUCGGCAGCAUUCACAACCCAGAAUGUGGCGGCCUGUGCAUUUAGCUUGGACGCGGAAUGUUUCGAGAAUCCGAAAUGCGAGUGGCGUAUUAUGGGCAAGAAAAUUUUUCAACCGUCGAUAAUAAAUGGUAUCACUUUUACCAUCACGCUGUUCGUUCCCCUGGUAGCGAAAAUUAUUCCGAUGAGACUCGUACCGAAGGAAGUCGAUGCAUGGAUGCGAAAGAUGGUAUCCGGGCUGCUGCAGGAGCGCCGAACGAAAAACGUGGUUCGCGAAGAUCAGCUCCAGUCACUGCUGAAUCUCAAAAAGGCGGACCUAACUGAGGAAAUCAUUGCUGGCCACGCUCUGGCCUUCUUCACCGAGGGUUUCGAAACGUCCAGCACGACUCUGGCUUUCCUGAUUUUCAAUCUCGCCGAAAAUCCAGAAGUCCAAGAAAGGUUAUUCGAAGAAAUCAAGCAGGGUUUAGCUGAUAAUGGAAAUGUUCUGAGUUAUGAUGUUAUUCAGAAAUUCGAAUAUAUGGACUGGUGUCUUCAGGAAAGUCUCCGGAUGAACCCUCCAGUGGCUGCAAUGCAGAAGUUAGCGACCAAGAGAUAUUUGCUGAAGCGAGAAGUUAACGGAAAAAUGACGGGAACAGUUAUUCCCGAAGGCACAACCGUUCUCAUUCCGCUGAUGGCCAUUCAAAAUGAUCCAAAAUACUACCCGGAACCGGAAAAGUUCCGACCCGAGCGAUUUAGUCAGGAGGAGAAAAACGAACGGCCAGCAUCGGUGUAUUUCCCAUUUGGUGACGGACCCCGGAUGUGUAUGGGAAUGCGUUUUGCUCAGGCUCAGAUUAAGGUGGCACUGUCACUGCUAAUUCAGAACUUCCGCAUUCGAGUGUCCCCCAAACACAAAUCUCCCUGGCAGCUGGACAACCGAACGUUCCUCAUUCAGGCUCGUGAUGGAUUAAUGGUUAGUGUCGAAAGGCGUUGACGUUCGAAUUAUAUUUUAAGAAAUUUCGUUUUUAUUCCUUCAAAUCCUAAAAAUUUAUGAUAUUU